UUGCUGUUUUAUCUCAUUUAGUCAUCUUCACAAAAGCUUCAUUUCCACUUUACUAUUCCCUAGAGAGAGAGAGAGGGGUCCGAAUUUCUGCAAUUGUCGCCGGCAAUGUUCAAUCCGGCCACCGGCAUGCUUCCAUUUGCCUCAUCUCCAACGAAUUCCUCCCUUUCCUCCUCCGAUCUAGACACAGAGUCUACAGGAUCAUUUUUCCAUGACCGCAGUACAACGUUAGGAACUCUAAUGGGAGUAAACUAUCCUUCCAUCACAUUCAGAGUUCCUUCUCAACGCCGCGACCAAAUCGUUGACGUUUCCGCCGUAUCCGGCGGAAGCGUAUGUGCUAGGCGGAGGAGUAAAAAGAAAGCGGCGGAUCUUGAGGCGGCGGCGGCCGAUCGAAGGAAGAGGAAGUGGUGGAGGUUUUGCAGAGACGAUGGAUCUGGUCCUUCAUCGCUCGGCGAGUUCCUUGAGGUUGAAAGGAGAUUUGAUGAUGGAGGAUUCUAUGGAGAGGUAUCGCAAUCGCAAACGCAAUCGCAAACGCAAUCGCAACCGAGUAAUGGACGGUUAUUGUUUGCCGACGGGAGGGUUUUACCUCCGGCAUCAUCGGCGGCGGAGGAGGAAGUGAUGUCGCCGUCGUUUGAAUCUCUCCGUAGAUUUUCUGUUUCUUUGACGGGAAUAUGUAAUUGCGGGGUGUACUAAUUAAUUCAACAUCUGGAUUUUCUGUAUUUAUUUCCUUUUGUUAAAUAUUGGAUUACUGAAAAUAUUAUCAAUAUUUAAAUUAACUAUAUUUUCUUUG